AUGAAGAUCCUCUCCCUUCUUCCCGCUCUCUUGGCGGCCCUCUCGUCCACCAUCGACCUCGUGCGAUGCCAGAACGUCGCGCUGUCGGCCGACGUGUGGAACACGCUGAUGAUGUCCAACAACAAGAUGACAAUCCUCAGCUGCUGCCAGGGCACGCGGACGGGCAUCGACGAGUCGAGCGUGCGCGCCUGCUCCGACAAGCCGGGCUACUACGAUCCCAACGCAAAGUGCCAGGCCAACGCGUGUAGCCACCGCUUCAAGGUCAUCGGCCUCGCCUGGUGCGCCGUCAAGCCCAACGCCGACUUUGACGCCUCCGCGGCCCAGUUUGACGCAGACUGCCAGGCCCGCGGUGGCAGAGCGUUCAAGCCCAACACCGACUCGUGUACCUUUGAAAACUUCGGAGAGCAGGUCGACCCGCCCGCCCCGCCGCCGGGCCCCAGCGACCCGCCCAAGAAGCCGACGCCGGACCCUUCGCACCCUCAGCCUCCGUCGGGAUCCGGCAUCAAGCCCAGCGACAAGUCCAGGCAGCAGAUCGAACAAGAGGCUGCAAAGGCCGACCCCACCCACUCGGACGCCGCCGACAACCUGCCGCCCGCCAGGACGGGGGCGUACCGCUAUGCCCUGGUCGACUAUGCCUACACCCGGGCCAUUCGAUGCUGCAACGGCGCCGACAAGCCGCACCCCUCGUUCCAGGAUUACACCUGCCACACGCAACAGCCCGCCUUUGCCGACACAUUUGCCGCCCAGUGCCACAAGAUGCUCGGUGCCAUCUCGUCUCCGGGUUCGUCGUCGUCGCAGUCAGGGGACGCCGCCACCGCUGCCCCUCCGCCGUCGACAUCGAUCCAGGCAAUGUGUCGCGAGGCGUUGACCAACGGUACCUCGUUCGGCUACGGCUACUGCAGGCUCAAUUUUGACGCUGGAGCGGCCACGAUGACGCCGGCGUUCGAAAAGGCGUGCACCGCCUUCAACGGCAAGCUGGUGGAGCCGAUCAUGGGGUCGUGCAUGUGGCCGACCGCCAAUGCGGCACCCCCCGGCGGCAAGGCAGCCGGGGCCGCCCCGGGCACAGCCGAUGCCUGA